AUUUCCCAUAUGAGGACGUGUCCGCAUGAGGUGGAGUAACUAGCACCUUGCACAAGCCCAGGGGGUCCGAUAGUGACGCUGGAACCCGCAGCCGGGGGUUGGUCUGAGGUCAGCUGGCUGCACAAACCCACGCAGGGCCUCGUCCUGCAGGUCGGAGGGAGGUCCACGCUCAGGGCUCAUCCCCAGAGACGUUGAUGUAGCAACGACGGGAGCGCCUGACCCACACAUCCUGUGCCCUGUGCCAGCUGCGGGCUCUGCCCUCCCACUCCUGACUCCGGGGCUGUGCAGGCUGCAGGGCUGGCCAUGGGCCCCUGGCCCUCCACCCUCCUGGGCCUCGUGCUCUGUCUGGGCCAGAUGAUCCACACGCAGGAGGGGGCCCUGCCCAAGCCCUCCCUCAGGGCCGAGCCAGGCCCUGUGAUCCCCCGGGGACAGCCUGUGACCUUCGUGUGCUAGGGCCCAGCUGGGGCAAGGUUAUUCCGCCUGGAGAAGGGUAAAGCACAAAAAGUCUCUGAUCAGAAAAGUGUGCCUCAAGAUGAUCGGCAGGGGAGAGAGGCCAGAUUCCGCAUCCCCGUGGUGAAUGAACACGCUGCGGGGAAUUACAGCUGCCUCUAUGAACAAGAGUCUGGCUGGUCUGAGCGCAGUGACACCCUGCAACUGCAGGUGAGAGAGGAGGACAUCUCCACUCAGCCCCCAGGCCUGUCGAGCACAUACAUUUACAUCCUUGUUGGGACCUCCGUGGCCUUUCUCCUUUGUCUCCUUCUGCUGGUCCUCUUCUUAGUCAACCGUCAGCAUCAGAGAAAACACAAGUCCCUCCACAGCAAAGGCGAGGAGCAGAGGCCCCAGGAAAGGCUCAAUCCGGCUGCUGACAUAACAGAGAGCACACCAGAUGAGGCCACAGUCUAUGCACUUUCUGAGAAGAAGAGGGAGCUGCAGAGCCCAAGCCCUGCUGCGGGAGACGCCCAGGAGGUGACAUACGCUCAGCUGGACCAGCGGGCCCUCACCCUCAGAGCAGCCCAAGCUGUGUCCCCACCACCCGCGGAGCCCACAGCUGCUGCCAGCACAUACGCAGAACUCCCCAGACGCUGACCCGACCCCUGGCCUCUGCUCCGACAGACACACGCCACUCUUUUUUUUAUUUUUAAUUAACUUCUUUAUUGUUUAAAGUAUUACGUAAGUCCCCUUUCCUCCCCAUUGACCUCUCCCCAGAGGCCACCAUUCCCCACAAGUCCCUCUUGCAAAAGCCUGAAGCACCACCAGGAAGGCUUCCCUGUGGAAUCACCCCACUAUUGUUGCCAUCUAUUCAUUUCUCCUGGAGGGGAGAGCUGGAGUCUGGGGACCCCAUUCAACACCUAGGAGGUUCAUGAACCAGGUGGCCCCUCCUACAGUUCACCAGCUCUUUGGAGCACCCAUAUAAUACUUGUUUCCAGAGACCCACCUACUGUUGUCCAGCAGUUUCUAGCAACCCAGCUACAGUUGUCCAACAGUUUCCAGAGACCCAGCUACUGAUGUCCAGCAGUUUCUAGCAACCCAGCUACAGUUGUCCAACAGUUUCCAGAGACCCAGCUACUGAUGUCCAGCAGUUUCUGAAGAUGCAACUACUGGUGCCCACAGUUUCCAGAGACCCAACCACUAUUGCUCAGCAGUUUCCAGAGACCCCACUACACUUGGUGGGCUGUUUCCAGAGACCCAGCUACAGUCCUACAGUCACCCAGCUGGUUCCACCCAUGUCCUGUGAAUCCUCCCCCACCCCCCAGAGACUGUUGGAACCACCUUCUUAGCUGACUCUAACCACUUUCCCCUUGUUCACCUUGAACCUGGGCCAUAUCGAUGCAGCGAAUCUCAGAUGCCUCGUUGUCUCUGAAUCCUGCUUCACCUUGCUCAUCAGUAAAUGUUCUCACACACCCA